AAUUUUGAAUCUGAAACAUCAAGGGAAAGUGAAACUUUAAAAUGUGUGAUGCAUGAUUAGCUAUUAUUACAUUUCAUAUUCUGAAUGUGAGUAUUCCCCUUCCUGCCACUGCAGCUCAUCUAAGCUGCUCUCACCCUCCCUUGGACCUGCUGUAGCCCUCUGACCGUUCCACCCCCACCACCCCGAGAGCACGCUCUCCCAGCCCCUCCCCAACCCACGCUCCGGUCCCACAGCGCUCGUCCACCUCUGCCAUGGCUGCCCUCACAGCUUUAAUCGGCUAGUUCUGUAAAUGAUAUUGGAUCUGUCACUCUGUUAGGAUGUAGCUUCCUAGGGGUAGGAACCACAUCUGCCUUACAGCCAAGUCCCUGGACCUUCACUAGCGUGGUGGCCAUGUUUGUUGAGUAAUUGGGUUAAUAAUGUAGUUAAUUUACCUCCUUUAAGAAACACUGAUGGGCAGGGACUUCCUGGGUGGCUCAGUGGUUAAGAAUCUGUCUGCCAAUGCAGGGGACAUGGAUUCAAUCCCUGCUCCAGGAAGAGCCCUCAUGCCUCGGAGCAACUAAGCCCGUGCGCCACAGCUAUUGAGCCUGCGUGCUAGAGCCCGUGAGCCACAAUUGUUAAGCCUGUGUGCUGCAGCUACUGAAGUCCAUGCGCCUAGAGCCCAUGCUCUGCAACAAGAGAAGUCACCGCAAUGAGGAGCCUGCACAAUGAAGAGUAGCCCCUGCUUGCCGCAACUAGAGAAAGCCUGCACACAGCAGUGAAGACCCAAAUAAAUAAAUAUGACACCGUUCCUAUUCAGUCCAGCGUGGUGUUAUGUUCCUGCCCAUCCCCAUCAAUGGUGAGGACCCAGACUGAGUCCAGCACGGCCCCUGGCAUUCCCAGUGGUGGUAGCAGGCAGGGCCCCACCAUGGACGGCACUGCGGCUGAAUCCCGGCCAAGCGCCAACUCGCUGCAACAUGUCACACAGCCGCCACCACAGCCUCGGAAGAAACGUCCAGAAGACUUUAAAUUUGGGAAAAUUCUUGGUGAAGGCUCUUUUUCAACAGUUGUCCUGGCUCGAGAACUGGCAACCUCAAGGGAAUAUGCUAUUAAAAUUCUAGAGAAACGGCACAUUAUCAAAGAGAACAAAGUCCCGUAUGUAACCAGAGAGAGAGACGUGAUGUCGCGGCUGGAUCACCCCUUCUUUGUUAAACUUUACUUCACGUUUCAGGAUGAUGAAAAGCUGUAUUUUGGCCUUAGUUAUGCCAAAAAUGGAGAACUACUUAAAUACAUUCGGAAAAUCGGUUCGUUUGAUGAGACAUGCACCCGAUUUUACACAGCUGAGAUGGUGUCUGCCCUAGAGUACUUGCAUGGCAAGGGCAUCAUUCACAGGGACCUGAAACCAGAAAAUAUUUUGUUAAAUGAAGAUAUGCACAUCCAGAUCACAGAUUUUGGAACAGCAAAAGUGCUAUCCCCAGAGAGUAAACAAGCCAGGGCCAACUCGUUUGUAGGAACAGCCCAGUAUGUUUCUCCAGAGCUGCUCACAGAGAAAUCGGCCUGUAAAAGUUCAGACCUUUGGGCUCUUGGAUGCAUAAUAUACCAGCUUGUGGCAGGACUGCCACCGUUCCGAGCCGGAAAUGAAUAUCUUAUAUUUCAGAAGAUCAUUAAGUUGGAAUAUGACUUUCCUGAAAAAUUCUUUCCUAAAGCAAGAGAUCUUGUGGAAAAACUUCUGGUUUUAGAUGCCACAAAGCGAUUAGGCUGUGAAGAAAUGGAAGGGUAUGGCCCUCUGAAAGCUCAUCCGUUCUUCGAGUCCAUCACGUGGGAGAAUCUGCAUCACCAGACGCCUCCAAAGCUCACAGCUUACUUACCGGCCAUGUCGGAAGACGAUGAGGACUGCUACGGCAAUUACGACAAUCUCCUGAGCCAGUUUGGCUGCAUGCAGGUGUCGUCCUCCUCCUCCUCCCACUCCCUGUCUGCCGUGGAUGCGGGGCUGCCACAGAGGGCCGGCAGCAACAUUGAGCAGUAUAUCCACGACCUGGACACUAAUUCUUUUGAACUGGACUUACAGUUUUCUGAAGAUGAGAAGAGGUUGUUAUUGGAGAAGCAGGCCAGCGGAAAUCCUUGGCACCAGUUUGUAGAAAAUAAUUUAAUACUGAAAAUGGGUCCAGUAGACAAGCGGAAGGGUUUAUUUGCACGGCGACGACAGUUACUGCUCACAGAAGGUCCACACUUAUAUUAUGUGGAUCCUGUCAACAAAAUCUUGAAAGGUGAAAUUCCAUGGUCACAAGAACUCCGACCAGAGGCCAAGAAUUUUAAAACCUUCUUUGUCCACACGCCCAAUAGGACGUAUUACCUGAUGGACCCAAGUGGAAAUGCUCACAAAUGGUGCAAAAAGAUCCAGGAGGUGUGGAGGCACAGGUACCAGAGCCACCCGGAUGCCGCCGUGCAGUGAUGCCCGCAGCCCCGCACCUGCUGCAGGACGUGUGCCCAGCACGGCUCGCUGCCACCCGGACGCUUCCAGACCACCUGCCAGCCAUCUCAAGAGGGACACAGAUGGCAGAACCUUGCAGCUUUUUUAUUUAAAAGAAAA